ACGAACUCUUCAAAACCCCAACUCUCCUCUCCUCUCUCUCUCUCUCUCUCCUCUCUAUCUAUCUAUCUUGUGCUGUGAUGUACAUGAGCAAAGCUGCUGCUUUUAGGAAAUUGGCUUCUGGGAUCUCUUCUCCUCUCUCAAAAGCUCCGGCUUUUUCACGUUGUGCGUCGAGAUCGAUCGGCUUCUUCUCGCGGCCUCGUUGCACUUUCCCUCGACCGGUCGUUGGGUCGUCGCCUUUUCGGCCGUCGAGAUCCGAUUGGAGGUCUCUGGGUAGUCUCCGGGAUCAGAUAGUGAGCUCCGGUGUCGCAAUUGAGCCGUCGGAGAGGGAGUUCUCAACUAUGGCUGCUGGGAAUUGUUUCGAGCACAUUUUGACGAGCCUGCCGAAGCCCGGAGGAGGGGAAUAUGGGAAGUAUUACAGUUUACCUGCUCUUAAUGAUCCAAGAAUAGAUAAAUUACCGUAUUCAAUCCGGAUUCUUCUUGAGUCGGCAAUCCGCAACUGCGACGGCUUCCAGAUUAACAAAAAUGAUGUCGAAAAAAUUAUCGAUUGGGAGAACACCUCCCCACAAUCAGUUGAAAUACCAUUUAAGCCGGCUCGUGUUCUUCUGCAGGAUUUCACUGGUGUUCCAGCUAUUGUCGACCUCGCUAGCAUGCGUGAUGCUAUGGCCAAAUUGGAUAGCGAUCCUAAUAAGAUCAAUCCAUUGGUUCCGGUAGAUCUCGUGAUUGAUCACUCAGUGCAAGUCGACGUGGCAAGAUCAGAAAAUGCAAUUCAGGCGAAUAUGGAACUGGAGUUCCACAGAAACAGAGAGCGCUUCGCUUUCCUUAGAUGGGGAUCCACUGCUUUUCAUAAUAUGCUUAUUGUUCCGCCAGGUUCCGGUAUUGUUCAUCAGGUAAAUCUGGAGUAUCUUGCUAGAGUUGUUUUCAACAGUGAUGGCGUCCUAUAUCCGGAUAGUUUGGUAGGAACUGAUUCUCACACUACUAUGAUUGAUGGAAUGGGGGUCUCGGGCUGGGGAGUUGGAGGUAUUGAAGCAGAGGCAACAAUGCUUGGUCAGCCAAUGAGCAUGGUAUUGCCUGGUGUUGUUGGCUUUAAGUUGAGAGGAAAAUUGCGUGACGGUGUCACCGCCACUGACCUAGUAUUGACCGUGACGCAAAUGUUGAGGAAGCAUGGGGUUGUUGGCAAGUUUGUCGAGUUCUAUGGUGAGGGUAUGGGUGAGCUCUCGGUAGCUGACAGGGCAACGAUUGCUAAUAUGUCACCUGAAUACGGAGCAACAAUGGGUUUCUUUCCUGUGGAUCACAUGACUCUCGAAUACUUAAAACUUACAGGAAGAAGUGACGAUACUGUGGCAAUGAUAGAGGCAUAUUUGCGAGCAAAUAAAAUGUUUGUUGAUUACAAUGAGCCGCAAGUAGAGAGAGUGUACUCAUCAUACUUAGAGUUGGAUCUGUCAGAUGUCGAACCAUGUGUUUCUGGUCCAAAGAGACCUCAUGACCGAGUUCCUUUGAAAGAUAUGAAAGCAGAUUGGCAUUCUUGUCUUAAUAACAAAAUCGGUUUCAAGGGUUUCGGUGUACCGAAGGAAUCACAGGACAAAGUUGUGAAGUUCUCUUUCCAUGGACAACCUGCAGAGCUCAGACAUGGCAGUGUUGUCAUAGCUGCUAUAACAAGUUGCACCAACACUUCGAACCCUAGUGUCAUGCUCGGCGCCGGCCUUGUUGCAAAGAAGGCUUGUGAGUUAGGUCUAGAGGUUAAGUCAUGGAUUAAAACAAGUCUUGCACCAGGAUCUGGAGUUGUCACAAAAUACCUACUCAAGAGUGGCUUGCAGGAGUACUUAAACAAACAAGGUUUUCAGACUGUUGGAUAUGGAUGCACUACUUGUAUUGGAAACUCUGGGGAGCUUGACGAAUCCGUUGCUGCAGCAAUUACCGAAAAUGACCUUGUUGUUGCUGCUGUGCUUUCGGGAAAUCGGAAUUUCGAGGGGCGAGUCCAUCCCUUGACUCGAGCUAAUUAUCUUGGUUCUCCUCCACUGGUUGUCGCAUAUGCUCUUGCUGGCACUGUUGACAUUGAUUUUGAGAAGGAACCAAUCGGAACAGGGAAGGAUGGGAAGAGUGUCUACUUCAAGGACAUAUGGCCAUCUAAUGAAGAAAUCACGGAGAUUAUGCAAUCCAAUGUGCUUCCCGAUAUGUUCAAAAACACUUAUGAGGCAAUCGCAAAGGGCAACUCUAUGUGGAACCAGCUUUCUGUUCCAGCCACAAGCCUUUAUCCGUGGGAUCCGAAAUCCACCUACAUUCAUGACCCCCCAUACUUCAAGGACAUGACCAUGACUCCACCUGGGCCUCAGAGCGUACGGAACGCAUAUUGCUUGCUAAAACUAGGCGAUAGCAUCACUACGGACCACAUUUCGCCUGCCGGGAGCAUUCACAAGGACAGCCCGGCUGCUAAGUAUUUACUUGAGCGCGGAGUGUCCCGAAAGGACUUCAACUCUUAUGGUAGCCGUCGUGGAAAUGACGAAGUAAUGAUGAGGGGAACCUUUGCCAAUAUUCGAAUUGUGAAUAAGCUCUUGAAUGGCGAAGUUGGGCCGAAGACGAUUCACAUUCCAAGUGGAGAGAAGCUCUAUGUUUUCGAUGCUGCAAUGAGGUACAAGGCUGCUGGCCAUGAUACCAUAGUUUUGGCUGGCGAAGAAUACGGAAGUGGAAGCUCUAGGGAUUGGGCAGCCAAGGGUCCAAGGUUGUUGGGAGUCAAAGCAGUGAUAGCCAAGAGUUUCGAGAGAAUCCAUCGCAGCAAUUUAGUUGGAAUGGGGAUUAUACCGUUGUGCUUCAAACCAGGCGAGGAUGCCGAGACUCUAGGCCUGACGGGUAAUGAGCGCUACACAAUUCCCCUACCGACCAACAUUACUGAGAUACGGCCGGGACAGGAGAUAACAGUGACAACAGAUACCGGAAAAUCGUUUACAUGCACGGCUCGCUUUGACACAGAGGUGGAGCUGGCUUAUUAUGACCAUGGUGGUAUUCUCCACUAUGUUGUAAGGAAUCUGAUCAAGUCCCAGAAGUAGAAUUUCAUGAACACUUUAAUCUCUCAUAGUGUUGCCUUCUUAUGCUUAUGAUAAUAUUAGCACAAUAAUGGAAAGAAAUUUCUCUUUUCCUUUUCCUUUUUUUGUUUUGCGCUUGAGGUGUAUAUUUAGGGUGCUGCGAAAAACUUGAUCUAGUAAUACUACUACUGUCAUCUUGCUCCUGUAAAAAGCUGCAAAAUAAGAAGAAAAAAAAAGUUGCAGCACUGUGUUGAUGUUUCAAACUACUUUGUUGAUUUUGCCGAAUUUUUGUAUUAUCAUAUGAUCUAAAGAAGAAUACUUAAUUCUA